CUCUUUUUUCUACAUGCAUCAAUACUAGAAAAGCCAUCAAGAUAAUCACGAAAACAGUGAAAAGCAGCAAGAGAUAAUUAAUAAGAAGAAACAAUGGUAGAGGAUAGAAAAAUUGGUGUUGCAAUAGAUUUUUCCAAGAACAGUAAAAAUGCUCUGAAAUGGGCCAUUGUAAAUAUGGCUGAUAAAGGUGACACUUUUUACCUCAUUCACAUCAACUCCAAUUCUUCUGAUGAGUCCCGUAACAAGCAGUUUGCAAAAACUGGUUCUCCUCUUAUUUCUUUGGAAGAGUUAAAAGAGGUAGAGGUUAUGAGCAAAUAUGGUGUGCAAACUGAUGUUGAGGUUCUUGAUAUGCUUGAUACUCUUGCAACACAGAAGGAGGUGAGCGUUGUUGCAAAACUGUACUGGGGUGAUGCAAGACAGAAACUUAUGGACUCUAUUGAAGAUCUAAAGCUAGAUGCUCUGGUUUUGGGAAGCAGAGGCCUUAGCACAAUCAAAAGGAUACUACUGGGAAGUGUUAGCAACUUUGUGAUGGUUCACUCUCCAUGCCCAGUGACUAUUGUGAAGUAUUAUUCAAGCAGCAGCAGCAGCAGCAGCAGCUACUAGCUGCUCCUCUGGGUAUUGUAAUGGAGUUUAUUACUGAUCUAAAUAUCAGUCCUUAGCUUAUCGAAGGAAUAAUGUAAUUGAAGUGCUAUAUUAUUUUGGCCAUGUACAUUUAGUUCUAGUAAUCAUGUCUCUGUUGUUAUUAGAAAAAAAAAGUGAUGAUAAUUGUAAACUGUCAUGUAAAAUAUGAAUAAAUUAUAUUAAUAUUAUAUGAAUAUCCAUGAUAAAUUAUAAACAUGUUGAGGUAUUCAUUGUU